CUCUAGUUCCUUACACGCAAAGCACAGAAUCCUUGCCCGCUGGAUCGCCUCUCUCUCCUCAGUCUCUCAGAGAGAGCAACCUCGCUGCUCCGCUGUCAUUUUUGAAAGGGGAAGUGGCAACUCCACCGCAACCACAACCGCCAGCAGAAUACUAAUCGACGAUCGGUUUAUUUCCGUUCUUUCUCGUCAACCGCUGCGCACGACUCGGGAGAAAGGGAAGAAGGCGGGAAUGAUGGCGGGUCGUAGAGAGGGGUCGUUGAUGAGGGACAAGACGCAGUCGUUUCGUGGAUCUCGAAUCGUGACCGCCAUUGUCAUGGGAAUCCUACUGGGUUGCGUCUUCGCCUUCUUGUUUCCUCACGGAUUCCUGAGCUCCUAUCCGCCUAUCCAAAACCGCCGAUUUGGGAAAUCGGAUCUUCAGAUUAGCUCAUCACAAUGUGAAUCAACAGAACGGACUACUGCGUUAAGGUCAGAUAUUGCAUCAUUGUCGGACAAGAAUGAUGAGCUGAAGAAGGAGGUGCAGGAACUAACUGAAAAGCUACGGCUGUCUGAACAAGGAAAGGAUCAUGCACACGAACAGUUUUCUGUGUUAGGUAAACCGCAUAAGGCUGGCCCUUUUGGUACCGUCAAGGGCUUGAGAACUAACCCGGCAGUUGUUCCUGAUGAAUCUGUGAAUCCGAGGUUGGCAAAGAUCUUGGAGGAAGUUGCAGUACAAAAAGAGCUUAUAGUUGCACUUGCGAAUUCAAAUGUGAAAAGCAUGUUGGAGGUAUGGUUUACUAGCAUCAAGAAAGUUGGUAUAACCAAUUAUCUAGUUGUAGGGUUAGAUGAUGAAAUUGAAGAAUUUUGCAAAGCUAAUGGUGUUCCUGUAUACAAAAGAGAUCCAGAUGAGGGUUUUGAUUCAAUUGGGAAGACGGGAGGUAACCAUGCGGUGUCUGGGUUGAAAUUUCGUAUCUUGAGGGAGUUUCUGCAACUAGGUUACAGUGUUCUUCUCUCGGAUGUUGAUAUAGUAUUUUUGCAGAACCCGUUCAAUCAUCUCUACCGGGAUUCUGAUGUAGAGUCCAUGACUGAUGGUCACAAUAACUAUACAGCUUAUGGAUUUAAUGAUGUGUUUGACGAACCCUCUAUGGGGUGGGCUCGAUAUGCUCACACAAUGAGGAUAUGGGUUUAUAACUCUGGUUUCUUUUACAUAAGGCCUACGCUUCCUGCAAUUGAGCUUUUGGAUCGUGUGGCUGAACGACUCUCUAGGCCAGAAAAAGCAUGGGACCAAGCAGUGUUCAACGAGGAACUAUUUUUCCCUUCACAUCCGGGGUACAAUGGGCUUCAUGCUUCCAAGAGAACAAUGGAUUUCUAUCUCUUCAUGAAUAGCAAGGUCCUCUUCAAGACGGUCAGGAAAGACGCUAAUUUGAAAAGGUUGAAACCAGUAAUCCUUCAUGUAAAUUACCACCCGGAUAAACUUCCAAGGAUGCAGGCAAUUAUGGAUUUCUAUGUUAACGGCAAGCAAGAUGCGCUGGAACCUUUCCCUGAUGGUUCUCAAUGGUAGUAUAGUUCAACAGACGGGCCAAAAACUACGUACACAUGCUCUGUUUUUCAAUUGAUACAGCCAUACAGGUUAGGAUAAAUCGACUGCACCUGAUGAGACCAAUUCGAAGCAUUUCCUUUCUUUCUUUCUUUCUUUUUUCCCUGAGUUCCAUUCAAGUUUUGGUUUUGUAUGGAUAGUAAUUUUGAGUUUCACAGAGUAUCCCCUGGGAUGACCUUUGUUCUGUAUCAUAUUAUACCAAGAAAUCUAACUUAAGGGUUUGUCAUCA